UGUCGUCUAGGUUUUCGCCUUCACAAACAGAGACUUGAAGUUGAAAUUGAAGCGAUUCCAUUCAAACCUUCCAUGAUUUCCCGGAAGAAAAUGCGCCCAUCUUCAGGGUGUGGCGGAAUCUCAGGGUAAUUUUGUUUGGUUAGAAGGAAAGGUUGAGAGAAAAAUGGAGGGAAAGCCUAAUGGAUAUCAAACCUCCUCUUUUGUUGCCGAUCUUUUCGAUGUCGAGGAGUCGCCAUUGUCAUCAGCAUCAGGAGUUCUUGCACCAAUGUUUCCUUCUCCACAGAAGGUGGGAAGCAGGACUUCUAGCUCUGGGGAUUGGCUAAAACAGACGAACGGGAAUCAACCACGCCACACCAAGGAAGGAAAUUCAGGAGGGAGCUUGGAGCCUUGUCAUCUGAGUUCAUCUCUAUACUAUGGAGGACAAGAUGGAUAUUCCGAGGCCCCAUCAGCUGGACCAUCCCCACCCCCACCGUCCCCUUUGAAGAAAAGUGGGGGAGAGGAUGAUCCAAAUGGAAACAACUCUCAACCUGCUUCUAGGGGAAACUGGUGGCAAGGUUCCCUUUAUUAUUAGGACCUCUGCCUUGCCUUGGCGGCACAUGAAUCCCCACCUAUUUUCUAAGGAAUUCAUGAAGCAGCAUAGCAGAUGGAUUUGCAUUACACUGUUACUUUUAGUUUGAAAAUGGUGUGAGUUUUCUGUAUUCCCUUUUCUCAAAUUCCUAGUUUAUAUAUAUAAAGCAUUGCUGUUUCUUACAUACUCUACAUAAAAUGGUUCUUCCUAAUAAUGAAUGAUAUCUAUGGAUGAUUGCAAA